AUGUUUGUGAGGCGUUAUGUUACUGAGCCGCAUACCUCAGCGGAUGGCAACGUCACCACCAGCAGCCUCACCUUCACGCCGCAGCACGAGGACGACGGCGCGGUGUUGCGAUGCCAGGCAGAGACUCACGCCGACCUGUCUAAGCUGGAGGACACACUCAACCUCACCGUGCACUACCUGCCCACCGCCUCGGCCAGGUUCGGCUCUUCGCUGGACGCCUCCAACAUCAAGGAAGGCGACGACGUUUACUUCGAGUGCUCCGUCCACGCCAACCCGCCAGUCUCACACGUCAGCUGGCGGCACAUGAUACCCAUUUACCUUCCAUCCCUCGAGGCCGGCGUGAUCGUGAGCAACGUGAGUUUAGUGCUGCAGGGCGUGAAGCGGGAACAGGCCGGCCGCUACUCCUGCCACGCCCACAACGAGGUCGGGGACGCCGGCUCGCCUCCCCUCAGGCUGGACGUCAAGUACGCCCCCGUGUGCGCGCCGGGGCAGGUGACACGCUACGCCGUGAGCCACAACGAGGACGCGGAGGUGACGUGCUCGGUGCAGGCCAACCCGCUGCAGGCCACCUUCCACUGGACCUUCAACAACACGGCGGACACCAUCGACGUACCGCAGGGCCGCUACACCUCCUCCAGCAGCCACAGCGUCAUCACCUACACGCCCAUCGCCACCCUCGAUUACGGGACGCUGCUCUGCUGGGCCUCCAACGCCAUCGGCACGCAGCAGGAGCCGUGCGUCUUCCACAUCGUGCCUGCCGGUAAGCCGGAGCCGCCCAGGAACUGCACGGCGGGCCAGCGAACGCGCACCUCCGUCAGGGUGAAGUGCACGGCGGGGAACAGUGGGGGGUUGCCGCAACACUUCCUGCUUCAGGCCACCAUGGAAGACGGCGCCCACCACGCCUUCAACCUCACUGCCUCCAGCCCAACUUUUUUCGUGGAGGGGCUGCGUGCUGGAGGCCGCUACCGCCUCACCGUCUCGGCCUACAACCAGAAGGGCUCCAGCCGCCCCGUCCCGCUCAUCCUAACGGGGCCGCCUCGCUCCUCCGGCUCCUCCUUCCAGGCCCGCGACGGGCCAUCAGAGGCAGAGGUUCGGGAUGGCAAGAACGGCGGCGGCGGCAGCGGCGGAGGUGGCAGCGGUAACGGGAGCAGCGGCGGCGAGGCGGGCGAGGGCGGCGGCCGCAAGAAGUACCUGGGAGUGCUGUCCAUGAACUCGCUCAUCCCCGCGGCCCUUGGCAUCGGUGCGGGGCUCAUCCUCAUCAUCAUCGUCCUCAUCCUCCUCAUCACCUUCCGCACGCGUCGUCCCGCCCGCCGCCGCCACUCCCGCCACGAGGACUCCCCUAGCAAGGAGUCCGACGCGGGUGACACUGCCACCACCACGCCCACCACCGUCCCCGCGCACCACCACCACCACCCGCACCACCACCAGCACAUCCUCCUGGCGGCCGCCGAGCAUCAGUCACCCAUCACCACACACCACACCACCACCUGCCUAGAGAGGGAGACACAGGUAGAAUCAGAGAGUGACGCCGAGCCAGACGUGAUUCCCCUGCAAGAAGGUGUGCGCCCCCCGGACCUGGAACCGCCCCCCUCCACCCUGCUCCCCCCCAGCCGCUACCAGUACGGCCCCGUCCCCGCCCACACCCCGCCCACGGCCAGCCCGAGAAGCGGCAGGGGGGCCACUACUGCCCUGAUGGACGCCCCCGCCUGCGCCCUACACGUUGUGCCGCACCCGCCCUGUCCACAACCGUCCCAGCGACACUCCACCCUCCCCCGACACCCACCCCGCCCCCCAGCCCCUGUAGAGCCCCCCUUACCCCUACCCCCUCCAACCAGCCUACCGCCGCCGCCCUUGGAGUACCAGACGGAGAGACAGAAGCCGGAGCCGUUGAUAGAGGGACAGAGCCAAGAAGCGCCCGCAUCGCCUGACAAGCCCAAACGGGAGAGCUCAGUAUGAUAAAAUGCCGGUGUGGGUGUGGGUGGGGGGGGUAAGGGGGGGUUUAUGGGGGAGGGGGGUGUAUAUUGGGGCCGUGGGGAAAGUGUGUGUAUGUGUGUGUGUGUGUGUGUGUGUGUGUGUGUGUGUUAACGUAUCACUCGGCUCCAAGACUGCACACGGGAGACAGAGAAGCAGAAAUUUCGAAAGUGGAGAAGCAGUUCGUGGUAUAGAAGCAGCAGCACCGCCGAGACACAACUUCAGUACAAACUUUGCAAGCGGACUAUACGUAGUUACCCUCCAUAGACUCUUGUACAAGUAUUUACAGGCGGCCGAGCGGCAUACGUACACAUGCAAGCCCGGGCGAGAACACACGGGAUAUAGAAGUCCAGGUAUCUGUCUCAAGCUGGAAUCAAGAAUGGGGUGAAGGGAGAAGCUGCAGGAUAGAAGAAAACAUGAAGAGAAAGAAGAAUAGAGAACGACAACAAUAACAACAAUAUGAUAACGCAGAGACAACAUUAUGAUGAUGAUGACAAGACGAAGACGAGAAGUUAUCGCUGUGGAUUGAGCAGGAGGGAAUAGACUUGGAAAUAUCGGGGAAAAUAACGAUGUGUGUGUGUGUGUGUGUGUGUGUGUGUGUGUGUGUGUGUGUGUGUGUGUGUGUGUGUGUGUGUUCCUGGAAAGGGGUUGAAUAAGCCUGUGUGUGAGGGAUAUGACCAAAAAAAUUACCUGUGAUAUAACAAAAUAAAAUUAUUAUAUGUGUAAAGCCUGUUGCGUUGUUAUUGUUCCUGCACUUCCACGGCGACAAAAAA